UAAAAUGUUAACAAAAACAAACGAGUUCGCAGGGGCGUAACGUCGAUGCGCUCGUUGCGGCAACAGAAAUAUUAGCAUUCAAUCAGCACAAACAGCGAGCACCUACACCGGGCUGACAGAAGAUUAUCCAAAUACUGCGAGUUUCAAGAAAGAUCGAAAUUUGACGCUGUCGGAGACUAGGAAAAUUUGUCUAGACGCAUCUUUGAUAAAUAAAUCUACGAAUGGCUGGAAAAGUUGAUUGGGCGGCUUGUGCCGAGGAGCAGCAAAAGAUGCUGGCGUCCGAAUUGAAGAACCUCAAAGUGGAAAAUGCCGGCGGCGAAAUGCACAAUGAAGAUGCCGAUGAAAAACCAGACGACAUGAUAUCGCAGGCAGAGGUUUCGUUGCUUCAAAAGGUCAUAAGGAAGGGUCUCAUCACGUCCAAGCAUGACAUUGAAGUUCAACGAAAAGAUCCCAACUCGCCACUUUAUUCCGUGAAAACGUUUGAAGCGCUGAAGCUGCGACCAGAAUUGCUCAAAGGUCUCUACGCCAUGGGCUUUGAUGCCCCUUCUAAAAUCCAGGAGACCGCGUUACCAACUUUAUUGGCAGACCCGCCGCAGAAUAUGAUCGCACAGUCGCAAUCGGGCACAGGAAAAACAGCUGCGUUUGUGUUGGCCAUGUUGAGUCGAGUCGACCUGAACCUAAACCACCCUCAAGUACUGUGCCUUGCGCCGACAUACGAACUGGCCCUGCAGAUAGGCGAGGUAGCCACCAAGAUGGCUCAGUUUUUGCCAGCAAUGAAGAUUGUAUUUGCCGUGAGAGGAGAAGACCGAGCAAGAGGAACCAAACUCACCGAACACAUCAUCAUUGGAACUCCUGGCAAGGUGCUUGACUGGGGAGUCAAGUACAAAUUUUUCGAUUUGUCCAAAAUCAAAGUGUUUGUCCUUGAUGAGGCGGAUGUCAUGAUUGCCACUCAGGGACACCAAGACCAAAGCUUCCGCAUCCACAAGUAUCUGCAGCCCGCCUGUCAAGUCAUGUUCUUCUCGGCAACUUAUGAACAACAGGUGAUGGAAUUCGCUGAGGUGAUCGUACCAGAUCCAAUCAUCAUCAGGCUGAAGCGAGAGGAGGAAAGCUUGGACAACAUUAAGCAAUACUAUGUUUUGUGCGGAGACCAAGAGGCUAAAUAUAACUCCAUUGCCAACAUCUACGGUGGCAUCACAGUUGGUCAGGCGAUUAUUUUCUGCCACACAAAGAAGACAGCCAGCUGGCUGGCUGGGAAAAUGACCAGGGAUGGCCAUUCGGUGGCCUUGCUCAGUGGCGAGUUGACAGUGGAGCAGAGAAUCGCAGUCUUGGACAGAUUCCGACAGGGCGUGGAGAAGGUGCUUAUCACAACGAAUGUGCUCUCAAGAGGCAUCGACGUUGAGGCAGUGACAAUUGUGGUCAACUUUGACCUUCCUAUAGACCUCCAAAGACAGGCAGAUUGCGAAACUUACUUGCACAGGAUUGGAAGGACUGGCCGAUUUGGCAAGAUGGGACUGGCGAUCAAUCUUGUGGACAACAGGUCGAUGCACAUCUUAAAGGAUAUCGAGCGUCACUUUGGCAAAGAAAUCAAACCACUUGACACUGAAGAUCCAGAUGAUAUUGGCAAGCUUAGUCAAAAUAAGUGAGGGUUGCAUAAUUUAUAUGCUCUUGAAUUUUUGUAAAUAUGAAACAAUGCUGAGGGUCCCUUUUAUUUUGCGUUGUAACACAUAAUUAAAAUAAUAAUUAUGUUGAUAAAAAACCAUUCAAAUAACUUGAUUUUGAAAUUAAAAUUGUUUGCAUUUUGCAUCUUAAUGACCCAAACAAAUAAAAAUUUAAUGAGACUUAUAAA